CCAUCUUUAUCGUAGUCUUGCUUCUCUUUGUCAGAGGUCUGACUUCCGUUUUCAUGUUUGGUCCAGGUUUCUGGAAUUUACUAUCUAGGGAGACUGAGCCAUCUCUCGCUUUCAUAAACAUCUGUUGUGAUUUAGUGUUUUCAAGACGGAGCUAAUAAAAGGUCCUCCAUUUCAGCCUGUUUAGAGUUUGGGUUCGUCAUUUUAUUCCACCCUUGAAAAACACGACUGUUUACCUAGCUAGCUGGCUAGCAUCAGCCAGCUGAGUUAAAUCACCUAGCAUGUUUCGGUUCUUGAAUGACGUUGAUGACGACCCCUACAUGAUGGAUCCAUUUGCUGCUCACAGGCAGCAGAUGAGGCUUAUGUUUGGACCAUUUGGCAUGGAUCCCUUUGCUCUCGCCCCCCAGAUACAACCGCCCCGAGCACCACGCAGACAGGCUGGUGCAUUGACCCCCUUUGGCAUGAUGGGAAUGGGUGGAGGGUUCAUGGAUAUGUUUGGCAUGAUGGGAGAAAUGAUGGGAAACGUGGAAAGAAUGUCCGGUUCACCGAACUGUCAGACGUUUUCCUCCUCAACAGUGAUCUCCUACUCCUCUUCAGACUCGGGGCCUCCUGAAGUUUAUCAGCAGACCAGUGCAACGAGAACAGGCCCUGGAGGGAUUCGUGAGACGCGACAGUCAAUGAGGGACAGCGAGAGCGGCCUUGAACGUCUUGCCAUCGGCCACCACAUCGGGGAACGUGGACAUGUAAUGGAGCGUUCACGAAAUCGUCGCACUGGAGACCGCGAGGAACGACAAGACUUCAUCAACCUUGAUGAGACUGAUGCUGCAGCAUUUGAUGAGGAGUGGAGGAGGGAGGCAGGAAGAUACGUUCCCCCGACUGCCCGGGCGCUGGACUACGGCCGAGAUCGACGGGGAGGCGGCCAGCAGCUGGCCCUCACUGCCCCUCCCAGCUCGACGAGCCCCCCAGGCCAUCGGCACGAGUCCCCCAGACACCGUCAACCCCACACCCGUCCACGUUACGACUGGUGAGAGGUGUCACCCUUGGGCGACCAGACAAGAGGAGUUGAGGGAAGAUUUCCCCGAUGCUGUGAACCACGCUGAAGACGGAAGUUGAUGAUCUUCACAACUGCCCGUUGUAAAUGUUUGAUAUGACUGGACUGUCUAUCCAUGAACAACAUACACACACACACACACACACUCAUGACAAAACCACACACGCUUGAUAGUUACAUUAACAGUUCUCCUUCUCCACUGUUACACCCGACACACUCGCAUACGCAUCCCGCACCCUUGUAAAAACAUGGGUAUAACUACACUCACUUUAUAUAUAUAUAUAUAUAUAUAUAUACUCAUUCUCAAAACUUGACAACUUGACUCGUGUUUUUGCCCACUGCACUUAAGUGCAACAGUAUACAGUACAUCUGCUGUACAGUCCAUUUUAUGUUUGUGAAGACACUAGUGUGUCAGUGAAUUGAAUUGUAUACUGUUAACUAAUUAAUCUAACUAAAUAAAAGUUCAUUAAACAUUGUUAGAUAAUUACAAAA